GGCCUCUCAAGCCAGUUCCAUCAUUUCACAUGGCCAGCAGUGGCGCAGCGCUGCCACUUGCAGGACUUGCGGGGUUACCCAUCAGCCCCAGUGCCCUGUCAGGCCGCCGCCAGCUGCCACGACUGCACUUGCCAUGCUCUGCACAAGCGCAGGAGGCGCCACAACAGCCGCAAGCUGUCACUGCAAGUCCAAGCACAUUGGAGGAGCAGGUAUCGAGCCUCCCAAGCUUUCAGGAUGCAUACAAGCUAGGCGAGUUCCUGGGCUCUGGCAGCAUGUCAGUUGUGCGAAGGUGCGUACGAAAGUUGGAUGGGCAGAUUUUCGCAGUGAAAUGUGUGACUGCAAUCGAUGAAGAAGUAAGACAAUUUAGCCGGGACGAGUAUGAGCUUGUCCGGACUUUGCGGCAUCCAGCAAUCAUUACCUUCAGAGCCUGGUUUGAAGGUCCCGUAUCCGCCUGGAUUGUUAUGGACCUUUGCAGCGGCGGUUCAGUGGAAUCCUUUGUGCGACGUGAGGGUGCACUUCGAGAGCCGCAAGUGCAAGACCUUGGCUUUCAACUUAUUCGUGGGAUCGAUUAUUUGCACCACAAGAGAGUCGUGCACCGCGACUUGAAGCCUGCGAAUUUGCUUUUGAAUCGGCAGGUUUCUUCCACGGCGCCAUCUCCAGCUCAUAGGCCAUUGGAAGGAGAACUGCUGUGGCCCUGGCAGCUGAAGAUCACAGACUUCAACAGUGCCAAAAGAGUGGGAGCCUGCAAUGGAUUGCUUCUCACCGACCGUGGCACGCAGCUCUACAAUGCACCGGAACUCAGGUUCGGCCGACUUUGGAAUGAACGCAUUGACAUUUGGGCCAGUGGGUUAUGCCUCUACUUCAUGCUCCGAAAGACUGUGCCCUUUAACAUUGGUGAUCAGAAGGUCGCUGAUACACUGCUCUCAGGCAAGCUUCCUCACAUUGACUGGAGCAUGAUGUCUCCACUGGCUGGCAACUUGAUAAGGCAGUGCCUUUUCGUGGAUCCAUGUGACCGGCCAACGGCUAUGGAGCUGCGAUUGCACCUUUUCUUUGCGUCCAAGCGGAUGCCGGAAUCGAGGAAGGGGAGCAUAGAACAGUUCGAGGUUGCAGACCGCAGAGAAUCCAAGGAGUCUUUGGGCACCAGCACCUCAAGUUUCACGGCCAGUCGCCGGAUGUCCCUGGAGAGCAUUCCGGUGGAGCGUUCGGUAAUGGUCUCGUCUUGUGGGCUUAUCUUUGUGGGAGCUGCACGAGCAGGCGAGGUCCGCAACCGGGGCUCCGUCUGGCUGGAGGUUGAGGAGCAACUUCAACGAACCCGAGGUGGCAGCAAAGGCAUUGCAAGUCGUGCGCCAUUCCUGGGCGUGCGAAGCUUUCCUGUUUGCCCAUCUCAGCAUUGCCCAUCGCCUUACAGCUCUCAGCUGGCAGCGCAGCGCCAAUGCGAUGGCAGAAAAUCCUCGCGAGUGCGAAGCCACAGCAUGUACCUAAGUACACCAAAGGCAUGCGACGCAGUACCAAGGUCGCCGCAGCAAGCAGCAAAGAGUCACAGCCAGUGCUGGAAGGAGCCUAGAAGCUUCGAUGUCUUGCUGCGCAUGGCUAAUGAAAAGUUUCGGCAGAUGAACGAAUUGCUGGAUGAGGAUGUACAGCCUCGGGCUCUUCGGGCAGAGCAUUCUGCAGAGUCCAUGAUGGACAAAGACAUCGAGAUGCGGGAGGACGAAGAAAGAUCUGUGGGCCGGCCUCGGGCAUCUGACAAGGUCAGCUGCUUCUCGGUGAUGUAUGUGGCAUUCAGGUUUCUGUCACAGCUUUGCAGCUGGUUGGGUUCUCAGCAUGUUCAAGUUUUUCAGCAUGCCACAGCCCUUUUUGUUGCAAAUGCAAGGUCAAUGUACAUCAUGAUCUAAUUAUAUAUUCGGUUGUUUGCAAUUUGCUGCGGAGUUUGUUGUCGAUGUGAAUGAUGAAAUUAGGAAAGGGGAGGUCGGUCAUGCUGGCAAGACCUUGGGUUGUCGGCCUUUGUGUGCGUGUGUAUGCAAUGUUGUCGUACCGGGGAUGGUUGCACUUUCCUGAGAUAUUUUACAGCGAUUGCCAAAGGUUCUUUGUGUUGAUAAGAGGAUGCACACAAUUUCAAUCAAUUUCAUUUUCUCCCAAUUUUGGGUUGAAUGGUGUUGAAUAUCCUUCCGUGUGUUGAUUUUUAUUGUGUGUGCUUUAAUGUUUUAGCGCUUGCAAUAAGAUUCAAAACCACAGCUGUCAGGCCUGCGUUUAGGCGUGCCUGCCCACUUAUGCUCAGUUUGGGCAGAGAGAGUUUUUGUUAGUCAAGUGAGGGGGAUGCCCAUCGCUUCUGGUUGAGCAAAGUCAACCGUGUUUUGUUCGACCCGUUGUUUCCGCUUGUAAAGUACUUUGAGAAAAGUUGCUGGAAUAAGCCAAGAAAGACUCGCACGUGCACAUCUUGGGUCCCAGAGAGACCGGUUGAAGCUGUUGGUUUGAUGUCAUACUGCCCCAAGUAUAGUUUGAGUGUCCAAAGCAUGAAGGCAAGAAUAGUAUCAAAAUUUCAGGCUUUGAGACAAAUCAACGUGCACUCGGCUGCCAGGAAGGCGGAUGCACCAGUUCCCUGAGGGAAUAGGUGACAGCAUUUGCGCUGAGUGAAUAGGUUGAUGACCUAGCGUGGCAAG